AUGCGGUUGCCCAAGCCCGUCACUUCGGUGGCGGUCAAGCGAGUUGGCGGCACCGCCUUCCGUGUUGGUUUUGCGGAGAUGAACGGAUGGCGACCCAGCAUGGAGGAUGCCCACCUCAUCUAUACUCAAGAUACCUGGGGCUGCUUCGGAGUCUUCGAUGGUCACGGUGGUGAUGAAUGCUCUGGCUUCAUAGCCAGACGCUUCAACGAAGAGUUGGACAAAACUGGCAUGCCAGAAAGUCAUGAAGCGGUUACAGAACUGGCAUUCCGCUUAGACGAGGAGUUUUUGAAUUCCAACCAGCCCAGUGGAUCCACAGGAACAUUUGUCUUUGUGCAAGCGCCAAGCGCACCUGGAGGCCGUUAUCAUCUUCGAGUGGGCAACAUUGGCGAUAGCCGCAUACUCCUGGGCCGGGCUGAUGGUUCACUCGUCCGCGGGGGUGGAUCUGACGGCGCUCUCACCAAGGACCACAAGCCGGAAGCUGAAGAAGAGCGGAUCAGGAGGUCUGGAGGGAACGUGCAGGUAAUGGGGGCCACGUGCCGCCUGAAUGGAUGUCUGGCAGUGAGCCGUGCAUUCGGUGACAAAGAGCACAAGAAUGCCGGCUUGAGUUGUGCUCCCGACCUGCAGGAGCUUGAUUGUGAUCCAAAUCAUUUUCUUGUUUUGGUUUGCGAUGGGAUCUCGGAAGGCGGAUUCGCGCCCGAUGCCGUCGUCAAAUUGGCAGCUGAAAAGCUGCGAGCGACCCCUGGUGAUCCAGCUCAGGCCGCGAUUGCCGUUUGCGACGAGGCCAUAAAAAGUGGAUCCACAGACAAUCUUUCUUGCAUGAUCGUGCUCCUGGGCGGUGGUGAGGUGCCUGGUGAGCAUGCGGACUUCAUUCCUGGUCCGUUUGGAGCGCCUGAAAGCGCUGCUUUUAAGAAGGCUUACGCAUCCAUGGCCGAGCGUUCUGGAUUUACUCUGGAGCGAGCGCUGAAGAAGCGUGCUGAGGAUGCCGCGUUGCUGAAGCGACGCCUGCUGGGCCAGAAGCCCAAAACGUCAGCCAGACCGGUCUGGCGGCGGCGCGAUGCGGUCGGAAGGAGCUGCAGACGUGGAGCAUGGCUGGCAGAGCAUUUCGUACGCGAGGUUCGUUCGGAGCCUCGAGUUCCAAGUCGUGGCGUCCUUGGUGUCAAGCUCACGAUCUGUCAACGGGGACGACAUGCGCACCGGCUCACGCUCAGGCGCAUCUGGACACCGCAGGUGGCAGGCUUUCCGGAGCCAAUCUCCUCUUCCACAGUUGGGUGCCCAACCCUCUUGGAGAGCCUUCGGCACUUCUCAGGCCGCCCGAAUAUCCAAAAUGCCACCUGCCGACGAAAUGUGCUUACAGAAGGUGUGCCAGCUACCAGAAAGGUGGGGCAUCGCACGGUCGCAUGGCCCAACCCGCUGCGUCCUGUUCCAGAACUGCGCCCCAAUCAGCAGGCGCGCUAUGUCGUUCGCCCUGCGGUGGUGGGCAGCAGAGUGGUGGGCGCGAUCCCCGUCCAAGCUCCCCGGCGAGUUCCAGCAGGUGCUUCCUCGAUGCCGGCGUUUCCCGACGAGAGCAGUUCUGUCGGUCUCGCCGCUCCCAAACCUCGUGGUCCUAGCCACACCGUUGUCCCUCCCAAAGCACCGGGGCCUUUGAACUUGGCAGAGGGCCAGUGGAAGAUUGGCACCGUGCUGGUCAAGACGGCGACGGGCUUCUUGGUGGUACCGGCUGCGGAGGUGCGGAGACCCUUCUCGCUCUCUACUCCCACAGUGAAAUCACCAGGGCCAGGACUUCUAGCCCCGCCGCGGGCCGCCGGGCCCGCUGGGUUCGGAGUGCCCCUGCGGGCACCCCUCAAUCGCUUCGUGAGCCCUCGGCCUUCGGCAGGAGCCCUUCGACCGAACUUCGCUCCGGAGAUGGUGAUCCGGCCGAAUUUCCCCUUGCGGCCCGCCACCGCAGGGCCUUUUGAGCCGCCUGGGCGGCCGCAGACUCAGACUCUCACAGACUGCCUGUGCUCCCGAUCUGUGCUGGCGCUUCACGGUGCCGCGCGGAAGGCAGAUCUGCGGUGUCGAGAUGGCCGACAGGCUGUGAGCGAGAAGGGCACAACUAUGCUCUCGCAGUGGCAAUUCAAGUCGCGAAAUGCUUGCCAGAUUGCAAUCAGCUUCAUCUCGGCUCUGCCUAGCCCGAAGCAAUUUGCGCAGUUGGACACCAAGCUCCUUCGGCUGUGUGAGCUGGAAUGGGAGCUGUCGGGCGCAGUUCUACGCGCCCAAGACCUUGGCAACGAGCUGUUGCUUGCUGCUAUGCAGUGGCAUUCAUUUGAAGGCGAUAGCACGGUGCAGUCGCAGCUUCAGCCGUCCUUUUUCGAUAACUUUCUGGGCGAUCAGAGCACCCCGAGAUCUGGCGUGCCCAACCUGCCGGAAAAGACUUUGACCUCCUGCAGUCAGCCUGAUCGCAGGCUGAGUGGUUCAACGGGAGUACCGGACACGGAAUCGGACUUAGAGUCCGAAAGCGAAAGCAACCCAGAGCUCAAAUUUGCGAAUGCGCAGGAUAGCAGCUUGGAGUGUCAGAACGGUCACCGCAAGGUGUUCCUGAACAGGGCCGCCGAAGCAGACUGGUAUGUGGACCAGGCGUGCGGGUGUUUGGCGCAGGCUCCUGAGAGGUCACGCCUGGAGGUUGCAAGUCCUGAGCAGGUGCAAGCUGCGCGGGCUGAUGGUGUUGAUUACGCGCCCGAUGGCAAGGAUUCGCCUGGAGCGCUCUGGGCCGACGCGGAGGAAUUUCGCCCGCCAAGGGUGCAGAUAGUGCAGAUGCUCAAAGAGAUCGGGCGCCGAGAUGAAGAGGAUUCAGAUCCUUCACCUGCUGGAUCCGAUGACCAGAAGGCUUCCAGCUGCUCCCACAAUGCACUGGCCCAUGAGACGCGAAUAUCGCAGCUCAGUGCAGUUUUCGAGCUUGACGCGCAGUUGAGUAAGACAUGCGAGGAGCAGUCCAAGCAAAUCCAGCAGCUGACUGUGCAGUUGCAGAUGAAGAAUCAGCAGCACGAAGAUCUCCAAGAACAAUGGCAGGCUGCCAAGGAAGAGCUCCAGGACAAGUUGAAGGAUGCGACUGCUCAGUUGUCUGACGCCGAGGAGCGAUGCAAGAAGUAUCAAGCGGAGAAAGCCUACAAGGAUGCCCUUAAAAAUGCGAGCCGCCAGCUGUGCGAGAUUGAGGAAAUGUCAUCGCCCGAAGUGCGAGACAAGGCGUUUAAGAAGUUGCUGCAGGUUUGGCAUCCAGACAAAAAUUUGGACAACGUCCAGGUGGCAACAAAGGUUUUCCAGUUCCUACAGCGCUGGAAGCCGUGA